ACAUUGGACCGCCUGAAUAAAAAUUAACUGACGCGUGAGGUCUAACGUCUUUGUUCAAUUCAUCCGGAAUUCAGGAGUAUGGCUGCGAAUGUGAAAAGGUUUUAUGAUCUAACAGCUAAACUGCUGUCUGGAGAAGUCUUCAGCUUUGCUGCACUGAAGGGGAAAGUUGUACUCAUUGAGAAUGUGGCGUCUCUUUGAGGAACAACAACCAGGGAUUACACUCAAAUGAACGACCUCCACUCUCGUUAUUCCGCUGAGGGACUCGUAAUUCUGGGUGUACCCUGCAAUCAAUUUGGUCAUCAGGAGAACUGCAAGAAUGAUGAAAUCCUAAGAUCUCUGAAGUAUGUCCGUCCAGGGAAUGGUUUUGAACCAAAGUUCCAGCUCCUUGAGAAGGUGGAUGUGAAUGGAAAGGAUGCACACCCCUUGUUUGUCUAUUUGAAGGAAAAGCUGCCAUUUCCCAGUGAUGAUACCAUGGCUCUCAUAACUGAUCCAAAGUUCAUCAUUUGGAGUCCAGUGUGUAGGAAUGAUGUCUCCUGGAACUUUGAGAAGUUCCUGGUUAGUCCUGAUGGAGAGCCCUUCAAGCGCUACAGCAGAAGUUUCCUCACCAAAGAUAUUGAGGCAGACAUUCAAGAGCUACUCAAGAGAGUCAAGUAAAGUGUGCUACGACACACCCUGGGUGGCUGUAAAGAAUAUCAGUUAUGUACAGCCUGGCUAAAAAGAGUAAUCAGUGACACACAUCUGUUUUGGGUUUUAUCGAGUUUUCCACUUUCACAGUUCAAAUUAGCUAGAGCACUACUAAGUAGGCGUUGUGAUAUUGAAGUACACUAUGGUUGUUCAGCCUGUUUACUGAAUGAAGACAUUCCUUAAAGCCUUUUUGUGAGGGGAGUUUCUGAUGAACAUGUAAAAGACUUACUCAGCCACUGUGUAUGACUCAUAUCACAAGAGAAGAAUUAAACAUUUUAUGUCAAAGAAAGUGCAGUGAUUUCUGUUCAAUGCAUACAAAAACAUCCCUUAAAACAGUCUAUCUGGAAAUCUGUUUGGCUUUUAUUUGACAUAUGCAAAGUGUUUGCGUGUGUUUGUGAACAAAAUCUAAAACUUCAAACAUCUUUGCUAACUUGGAGCGUUGCUAGGGCCGUCGUUGAGAGAAAUGAUUUGACCUGUUUGAUUUUAGAAAUUUAUACUAGAUGUAGUGAGUGUUUAACGUAAAUGCAGAGAUGCAAAAUAAUAAUUUAAUCGUCGGCGUUAUGUAUAGUGUGGACCAAAAAACUGACACCACUUGUGAAAUUGUACUUUUGGACCCUACUGUAUGUGACUGACUAAGUUACUACCAAUUUAAAGCUCUUAUGUUAAAAUUAAAUUAAAUUUUGCUGGCUGCCCAUGA